AUGCAUUUUCCCCCUUCCUCUGAUCAACGAUUACCGUCACUGGUCGACGGGACGGAGACGACGACGUUUCAGUUUUCACCUUGGUUGGGUGGGGGCGAGAUCCAAAUUCGAUUCCUUCCUGCGACCUCACUCACUCGCUCUCAGCUUCCUCUUCCUUCGCUGCUCCGAUCCCGUAAGCUUCUUCUCCGAUUACCCAUCAGAUCGAUUCUUUUGAGAUUGCUCGGGCUCAUCCCACUUGCCAAGAUGUCCCAAGACAAGGGACCUGACGUGGUUGCUGAAGAGCAAGGAAAGGAGAAUCUGACAGAAAAUGGACCGCCUGGUGGUGGGAAUCAUGAUGAGCUGCUGCAAAUGAUUGCUGAGCUGAGAAUAGAAAAUGACUUUCUCAGAUCCCAGUUUAAGGAUCAAGUGGAAGGGGACAGAGCUGUCUCACAACCUCAAGUGGAUGAGCUUCAAGGACGGCUCGCAUCAUUGAGUAGAGAAGUUGAUGUAGAAAAACAAACUCGAGUUGCAGCUGAGCAAGCUCUGGAGCAUCUAAGGGAAGCAUACUCUGAGGCAGAUGCAAAAGCCCAAGAAUACUCCUCCAAGUUUUCCCAAGUUCAACAGAAACUAGAGCAGGAAAUCAAAGAGCGCGAAGAGAAAUAUGCCGACCUGGACGCCAAAUUCACCAGGCUCCACAAAAGGGCUAAACAGCGCAUUCAAGAAAUCCAAAAGGAAAAAGAUGACCUCGACGCUCGUUUCCGGGAAGUGAGUGAUUCAGCUGAACGAGCAUCUUCUCAGCACUCAUCCAUGCAGCAAGAGCUGGAACGCACUAGGCAACAGGCGAAUGAAGCACUGAAAGCAAUGGAUGCAGAGAGGCAACAACUAAGGAGUGCCAAUAACAAGCUCAGAGAUACCAUCGAGGAACUUCGUGGCUCGUUGCAGCCUAAAGAAAAUAAGAUUGAGACAUUGCAACAGUCACUUCUUGAUAAAGACCAGGUGCUGGAGGACCUGAAAAAGCAAUUACAAGCUGUAGAAGAGAGAAAGCAAACUGCAGUUGCUGACCUGUCAGCCAAACAUCAAAAGAACUUAGAGAGUUUGGAAGCACAGGUCAUAGAUGCUCUAUCUGAGAGGGACAAAGCAGCCCAAAACAUUUCGGCGCUGCAGGUACAACUUGCAGAGAAGGAAUCUAAAAUUGCAGAGAUGGAGGCAGCUGCAACUGGCGAAGCCGCAAGGCUAAGGGCUGCUGCAGAAACUCUUAAAGGAGAGCUUUCACACCUUAAAGCGGAGAAUGAAAAGGAAAAGGAGACUUGGGAAGCCUCAUGCGAUGCCCUUAAAUCUAAACUGGAAAUCGCUGAAAGCAACUACUUACGUGCCGAAAUGGAAGUGGCUAAAAUGAGAAGCCAGCUGGGAUCUGAAAUGUCCAUGCAGACCCAGAUACUAAGCACAAAAGAUGCUGAACUCAAAAGUGCAAGAGAAGAGAUCAACAGUCUCCAAAGUGAAUUUUCUUCUUACAAGAUCCGUGCUCACGCGCUUCUACAAAAGAAGGAUAUGGAGCUGGCUGCAGCUAAAGACUCUGAACAGAUCAGGUCUCUUGAGGAAGCUCUAAAGGAAGCUGAAAAAGAAGUAUAUUUGGUAUCUGCAGAGAGGGAUAGAGCACGGCAAGAUCUUCAGGGUGCUUUGGCUAGCCUUGAGAACGAAGUUGAGGAGAGAGCUGGAGCACUUAAAGAUGCCAACGAGCAGAUCAAAAGACUUGAAUUGAAGCUUGAUUCCACGGUUGCCCGCAAUCAGGCGGAGAAACAAGCGUGGGAAGAAGACCUUCGAGUUCUAGAAGAAACAUGGCGACGAAGAUGUGAAGCUUUGACCGCUCAAAAUGAAGCCUUUUCUGCAGAAGAUAUAGUAAAAGAACUAGAAGAUUCUAAACUGCGGAAUAAACGACUGAAGGAGGAGCAUGAAUCAGUACGUGAGCUUGCAGAUAGACUCAUCGAGGAGAAGGAUCGAGAGAUAUCCAGACUCGUGGAUGAAAAUAAAAAUCUUCGAAAAUCUAUGGAACCAAAACCAGUAGUUCACCACUAUGGGAACAACAAUACAGAGUCACAACAGCAGGAUGUAUCUAACUUGAACACUUCUGCAGCAGAACACCAGAUUCUGAUAUUGGCGAGGCAACAAGCUCAAAGAGAAGAAGAGUUAGCACAGACACAGCGGCAUAUAUUAGCUCUUCAGGAGGAAAUCGAAGAGCUUGAGCGCGAAAACCGGCUUCACAGUCAACAGGAAGCCCUGCUAAAAACGGAGUUGAGAGAGAUGGAAAGAAAACAGAAGAGAGAAGGUGUAGAUAUGACAUACCUAAAGAAUGUGAUUUUAAAGUUGUUAGAAACAGGUGAAGUGGAGGCUUUACUACCCGUAGUGGGAAUGUUGCUUCAGUUCAGUCCGGAGGAGGCGAUGGAGGCUCCAAGGCACAAAUUGCACUCAGGCUUGCGCUUGUGGGAAUUCCCUGAUCAGUACGUCAUCGAGCCAACCGACGGUUCCGGCGCUUCAUGCUUGGACAUUAGUCGUCUUGACGGCUCCAUGAAGCUCAUCGGUUUGGUUUCCUCCUCUGUUUCCUUUUUCUCUUUGCAAAUCUCUGUUUGCUCUCUCCCUGGAGCUCUCUUUCCACUGUUUUCAGAUCAUGUCGCUGAAUGCAACUCUUUGCGUGUCCCCAAAAUCCGUUCCAUUUUUGGUGUCGUUGGGACGCUGAAGCUCCUCGCAGGAUCAUACUUGGUAGUGGUGACAGAGAGCGAGUCUGUUGGCUCGUUUCUGGGGCAUCCUAUAUUCAGAAUUAAUUCGCUCAAGGUUCUUCCUUGUGAUCUUUCGCUUAAAGACUCGCCUGAAGAACAGAAGAAGAUGGAGACUGACUUCUCUAGCCUUCUAAGUGUCGCUGAGAGGACAACUGGUCUCUACUUCUCUUAUGAAAUUAACUUGACUCUCACUGCACAGCGCUUGCAUGAUUUGGGUGAUGACUCUAAGUCCCUUCCUCUGUGGAGACAGGCUGAGCCUAGAUUUCUUUGGAACAAUUAUAUGUUAGAAGUGCUUAUCGAUAAUAAGCUAUUUCACUCCCCUUUAAUUUCUUCUAUCUCCUCUGCAUGUUUUCAAACAGCCAUAGGAAGAGAUAUCGUUGACAUUACUCUGAUUGCUAGGAGGUGCACUAGAAGAAAUGGUACACGCAUGUGGCGAAGAGGAGCUGACCCUGAUGGAUAUGUUGCUAAUUUUGUGGAGACUGAGCAAAUUGUACACAUGAACGGAUACACAUCAUCAUUUGUUCAGGUUAGAGGAUCCAUGCCUUUUAUGUGGGAGCAAAUUGUAGAUCUGACCUACAAACCCAAGUUUGAGAUUGUCCAGCCUGAAGAAGCUGCGAGGAUAGCUGAGCGUCACUUUUUGGACCUAAGGAAAAAAUAUGGAUCAGUUUUGGCGGUUGAUCUAGUCAACAAGCAUGGAGGUGAGGGGCGCUUAAGCGAGAGGUUUGCAGGUGCUGUGCAGCACAUCGCUGGUGAUGAUGUAAGAUACCUCCACUUCGAUUUUCAUCGCAUCUGUGGGCAUAUUCACUUUGAGCGCUUAGCUAUUCUGUACGAUCAGAUGGAGGAUUUCCUUGAGAAAAACGGCUACUUUUUGUUGAAUGAAAAAGGUGAGAAAAUGAAGGGGCAGCUUGGUAUCGUGCGCACAAACUGCAUAGAUUGCUUAGACCGUACAAAUGUCACCCAGGCUAGUAUCAAUAUCCAUCAUCAUGUUUCUCCUCGUCUCUUUGCUCUUUUGCUCAUCCUAUACGGCCAAAUGCAGAGCAUGAUAGUAUGGGCUAAUCACGGGGAUGACAUUAGCAUCCAGUACUCGGGCACUCCUGCACUUAAAGGAGAUUUCGUCAGGUAUGGCCAAAGAACAGUUCAAGGGGUCCUUAAAGAUGGCUGGAAUGCCCUCGCACGCUACUACCUGAACAACUUUGCUGAUGGAACUAAGCAGGACGCGAUUGAUCUCGUGCAAGGACACUAUAUCGUUGCUGUGAACCGCGACAUGGCUCCUGUGCCCCGAAAGGGAGGUCUUGAGGCUGUAGCCAACUUGCCGGUGGCGUUGGCGGUGGUUCUGAUUAGUUUUUGGUUGGCAACAAUGUCACUAAAACGAGCUGGGAGUGAUUAUAGGCACUUGGUUUUCUCAUUGGUGUGGGCUGGCAUCAGUGUGGCUGUCACGGCACUCGUGAGGGCCAACGCCCGGAUCUUCUGCAACCGGCCUCGUCUGCACAGGCCCAGAUCUUGA